AGUACAGAGACACUCCAAUUAACACCAAGUUAAUUUGAUAGUUUAGGCUAUUAUAUAUGAUUUAUUUACCUUUUUCUGUACCAUCCUUUACCUCUUUUAUCUGUAACACUUCUUCAGCGCUUAAAUCUCCCUUUUUGAGAAUGACAACUUGAGGCAGCUCAUCUUCACGAUCACUGCCACUGUCAUCCUCCAAGGCUGGCAUCUCUAAACGCUGCGGGAACAGUGACCAGGUUGAAUAUCACCAUAUUGACAUUAUACCAGCCGCCCUUUCCAUGUUAAACGGUACACAUAGCUGCAAAAAUAGCCCUUCGUGUCAAUGGAAUAUCUAUAGUGGUCAAGGAAUUGAAUUAUGCGAGAGAAAACACAAUAAUUUUGAAGGGUGGUCAACUCUCCUGUAGAGCUAGCUAAUAACGUUACUUGACUAACUGAAUCAAGAUGUUAGCGCAGGACUCGAACUAAAACCUUUACAUAGCUCUCCAGCGGGCUUGCCAUACAGUCACGUAUAUACUGUAGCUCUGCAUCCCACCUAAGGUUAACGUUAGUACAUUUUACAUAGGCUAGCUAACGUAGCACAUUAGCGAAAUACCUUGGUAUCAAUGGUGGGUCCUUCCUUAAAGCCAACAUCGUUCUUGAAUUUCUUUAAAAAUGACGGUUCUGCUGGUUUCACCCACGAUACGUUCGCUUUCGGACCCUUAUUCAUCUUAGCCAUUUUGAGAGUUAGAACAAAUUAAGGAAAGAAAGGUAAUUUCAGGUUGUGUUUAGCCCGUCGUGUUUAGCGUAACAUUAAAUCGUCAUCACCCUGCGCCCGCUGAAGGUCAUAUGAUCCCAGAGGUGAGUCUGAUUGGUUGAACCGAGUGUAGCCUUUUAGACAAGGAAGUAGUCAAAUAUGUGACAGUAAGUCUAGUUUAGAUGCUAAAUAAAUAUGAUUUCAGGUGCGUUUUACGCAUUAUUAGCGGGCUUUCUUGGAGCCGUCGCCUCCUCGUCAGCCAAGCUAUCUCUGGGCUCAGACUACCUCAAAGGGAUGUGUGAAACAGGGCUGAAAACCUGGUUUCAGGAUGGGGACUACAGGAUUAUUCAGGCGGAAACAUCACCCUGCGAAUGGCUCCACAUCCCUCUGCGGUUGCUGUGUGGAGGACUGCUGUUCACCAGUAAUGCUGUGAUGUGGACCUUCUUCUCCAAGGCUCUGAGACACUCCUCCUCCUCCGCCCGGGCCACGGUCACCACCACUGCAUCCAACUUUGUUUCCUCUGCAUUCCUUGGGAAGCUGCUCUUUGGCGAGGCCCACGCAGCACUGUGGUGGGUGGGCAUCUCUCUAACGCUCUCAGGUUCACUGGUGCUGCACGGAUCAACUUCCCAACCAGCAGAGGCCAAGAAGGAAGAGUGAAGGACUGUCCACAUGUGGAAUAAGAAGUGUAAUAACAAUUCCACUGCAUCAAUCACCCCACUGGACCGCGUUAAACAAACGCUUUAAACAAACGGAUUUCACGAGAACCAUGUUCUAUUACCACGAAAGGGCUUUGAUGUUACGCCUGACUGUACACGGAUUCUAACAUGUUACGCCUGACUGUACACGGAUUCUAACAUGUUACGCCUGACUGUACAUGGAUUCUAACAUGUUACACCUGACUGUACACGGAUUCUAACAUGACACCUGACUGUACACGGAUUCUAUGAUCGUAUGUUAUCCAUUUGUAUUAAUUGUAUGUUGCUCAUUCUAUGCCGUUUUAAUAUGAGUAAUUAACCAAUGAUAUUAGGCCACUGUUGGCCAUGAUUACAGACACCUGUGUGU